UGGAAUUUUCGUUCCAUGAUGGAUCAAAAGCAAAUCGGUAUUCGUCAACAUCAUUGUAGAAACUGUGGAAAAGCUAUUUGUGACAAUUGUUCCAGUAAUCGUGUAAAUAUUCCUAUUAUGGGAUUUGAAUUUGAUGUGCGUUGCUGUAAUCCUUGUUACAAUCAAUUGCAAACUGUUGAACGUCCUUCAUUAGCCUCAUUUCAUGAUGCGAAACAUUCGAUUGUUUUUAUGGAUUUGGACGAGGGACGCAAGCGGUUACUUACCGUUGGGCAAGAUCGCGUAAUCAAAGUGUGGGAUUUGUCCACGAUUUGGGCCUAAUAUCGUAUUUGGCUGUCAUUAUUAGUAAAACUGGAGGUAAAUUCAUUUUAAUUUGACUUAACUUUAAAGGACAAGUAGGAAUCAUUUUUUUGCUUUAAUAUACUGAAUAUUUUCUAAAUUGUUAUAUAACUAAUUUCUUAAGACUUUGUACUGCAAUCAUCUAGUUGUAUAGUUAAACGAAAGUAACUGUACAGGAAAAGUGUGUUUGAGAAAAAGAAUUAAAUUUAAUUCGGGAGUAAAACUAAUUUACAAAACUACAUCAUGUCGCUUUUUUGGGAAAAGAAACAUGUAUGAAAUCUUCAACAACAAAUAUCAAU